AUGGGAAUCAUGGAUGACUCACAAUAUCCAUCAACUAAUGACUUACUCAGAGCCCGGAUUGAAGGUGCGAAUCCUGAUGAUCCAAGAGUCCAACAACCUAUGAAGCUGGAAGUAACAAUGGAAAAUGGAAAAUUGAAGCGAAGUUCUUUUGCAUGUGUUGGUUGUCAUUCGUUGAAACAAAAAUGCUGGCCUUCUGACUUGGAUGAUAUUUAUAGGAAACCAUGUCAACGUUGUCUUAGACAAAAGAAAAUAUGUACUUUCGACCUAUCAAAAAGAACAAGAAAAAGACAACCACGUAAAAGUAAAAAUAAUGAUAAUCCAAAUCUGAAAAACUUACCUUCCAAAUCAUCAUCUAAUAAACAAUCUGAUAAUACUUAUUCUUCACCAGUUUCACCAGCCCAAAAGAGACCCAUAUCAAGUCUAUACCAGGAAAAUGAUAAUAUCCAAAUUGUAAAUAAUGAUAUAACCAUGAAUACACUCCCCUCUGAGAGAGAUAUCAAAUCUUUUACUUCAAAUAAACUAAAUGUAUCAGAUAAUCUGCUGAAUAGCAGUAAUAGCAAUGUUAUCAAUCAACAAAUAUCAACUCCUACAAUACUUCCUGGAAUCCAGAGUCUUUCGGGCAUAUGGCCAGGUCCGGUGAAGGGUGCAGCACCUGUCUCACAAGCUUCUCCAUCUAUUUCUCCAAGUAUGUCUAAUAACUCAUCUCCAACAAAAUUUCUGGCACAAGAGCGAAAUCCAACUUUCACACAUCCUAGAAAGAAAUCUAUAAAUCAAACAUCCAUACAUUUGAACCACUCCUUCAAGAAACAGUUGCAGUCUUUAUUAGUCAAUCAAAAAGGAAAAGGUAUCGAUCUUUCUACAAAGUUCACAACAUGGUCUGAGAAAUGGAAUGAUGUGGUCCAAACCACAAUGUUUUUACCUUCAAUUAAAGAUCCAAUAGCUGUUGGUAUUUUAUCGACGAAUGAGGCAGAUAUCAGAUUAAAAUUAUACAAAGGAGAGAUAUCAACAUUAGGUAAGUUAGCAUUUAUUAAAAUCCCUUCAGAUAUUACCGUUGACGAAUUAAGAAGUGAAAAACCAAUUUUAUUUUCGGUUAUUAUGUCUACAGUUUCGGUUAUAAUGAAAGAAGAUGAAACUACCAGGGAAACGAUAAUGAAAUUAGACAGCUUUGUUAUCAACCUAUUAACCAAUCAAAUUUUUAAAGUGAAUAAUAAAUCAAUUGAGAUAAUAGAAGCACAUAUUGUAUUAUGCACAUGGUAUAACUUUCUAGAGUGGUCUAAUAAAACAAGAUACCAUUUGUUCAAUUAUAUUGGAUGUUGCUUAACUAAAGAUUUAGGCCCACUGUUUGUAAAUAGGGCAUUUGCAAUGUUCAGUGAUGUAGAACCUAAGAAUGGGGAAUCCAAAUUUAAAUCACCUUUAGAGUUAUAUACUAACGGCCCAAGAAUCAUAUUAUUAGUUUAUAUUACAUCUUUAAACAUUUCCAUUUUCUUAAAACAAACAAUAGAAUUAAAAUGGAGUGACCUAGUUAAGUUAGCAGCAGACAGACUACAAGUUCAGAUAGAUGAAUAUCUCUCGAAUCAAUCAACCCCUUAUCCAGAUUCUAAUUAUGACAUUGAGGAUGAUAUUGUUCUCGUGUCAUUUGCACGUUUAAAUCACCAAUUAGAGAAGAUUCACGUCUAUCUGCAUGAGAUGACAGAUCUUUUCGACUUAGAUGAUAUUAAAAUCAGGGAAAGAUAUGUUGAAAAACUAUUAAUCAAGUAUAGAGGUGAAUUACGUGAGUUAUUUGAUAGCAUGCCUAAAAAUAGGAAAAGGUUAUUGACUUUCUACUAUUCAGUAGAGGCUUAUUUCCAUCAAUUUGAAAUCCAAUAUUACUUAAAAAAACUAUCUGAAAUGAAACAUAAAGGUAUUGUAUCUGGUGAAAUUUAUACGUCCAUCGAGGUAAAUGCAGUUCGUUCUUUUAUUGAAUGUUACAACUGUUGCAUUUCCGCUUUACAAGAAUUUUCUCAAUUAACUCCAACAUUAAUUGCUUCUAUACCAUUAUUCCUAAUGUCUAGAUUAAUUUAUACUGUUGGUGUUUUAUUAUUACGGUUAAGAUAUAGUGUAGUAGCAUUUCCAAUUUUCCACCAUUUGUUAGAAUUAACGGACAAUUGUGUUUUAAUGGUGAACGACGUUCGAGAAUUACUUAAUAAAAGUUCGCAACAAUACCCUUACAACUAUUUCCUUUAUAAAUUCCAGUAUGUGGUUAUUUUAUUUGUCCAAACUUAUGCGAACAAAGUCAUAGAUUUAUUUGAAAGUACAACUGGCUCAUUUAAACAGCCAGUGAGUUCUGGGUCUAGUAUAUUGGAUGAGUCAAUUCAAUUAAAUCCACAAGUGCUGUUUAACAGGUCUCAAGAUAAUACAUGGAUUAAUCCAAGAUUGAAAAAUAUAAAUAGUAAUUUAUCUAACAAUGAUAGUGCCCCCGAUAAUCCCAGGAGAAAUAUGAAAAUGGAUACCAGGUCAAAUAGUCUCAAUAAUGCACACUUAAGUACCAGUUUCAAUAAGACUGAUCAAAACGUUGGAAACCCAGGAAAGUUUAAUAAUGAUUCAAAUUCCAAUAGUAUGAACAUCAUAGCAAAUAGUAAUAGUAUUGGAAUUUUAAACAACGAGCAUACAACACCAUUACUAAACCUAAGUAAUACGAACAAUACCAACACCAAUAUAGAGCCACUAGGUAAUACCAAUGACAUUAAACGAUCCGUUUCGGCGAUGUCCUUCAACCACAUGUCCAAACCAAUAAAUAGUGAAAUGAGAACUUCUUCACCAUCGGUAUCGAUAACCAGUGAUAAUUUGAAUGAAUAUUUGACUGAUGUUAACUCUCUAGCUUGGGGUUUCAAUGCAUUAAAUGACGAAUUUUGGACUGAUUUAUUUAUAGAUGAUAUGUAA